AGAACCAGGCGGAGAGAAGGGGCGAGCUGCUUCCUUGUUCUCGCGAGAGGCUCUGGGGGAACCCUAGCAACGGCGAGAGCGGAGUGUAAACAACCGACCGGGAGAGCCGGCGAUGGAGGGGGAGGCGGCGGUGGCCGGAGCCGAGGGGCCCUUCUGCCUGCAGCAAGUUACCAUUACAGAAGAUUCAGAAGAUGAUUAUCAGUAUGAAGAGGUUCCAGCAGAUGAUGAUUUUAGUCUCGUAGAAGGAGAUGAAGAUCUGGUAAAGGCUUUGCAGAUAAUACAGGAACAGGCUGAGGAUGCACAAAUUAUAGCUCAGCGAUCUGUUCUGACUUCUAAGCAUUCAGUGUCUGAAAUACCUGAAGUUGUGGAUGACUUUCUUUGCAAUUUUCUGGUCAGAAUGGGGAUGGUCAGAACCCUUGACUGCUUCCAAACUGAAUGGUAUGAACUGAUGCAGAAAGGUGCAAUUGAACGUAAAGAUAUUGGAUUUGUCCCAGAUAUGUACACCUACAAUCAGCAUUUGGAGAUGGAGAAGAGAAGAUUAAAGAAGGAAUUGGAAAACUAUAAACUGGCUGCCAGCAAAGCUAAGGAGGCUCUGCAAAAAAUACAGAAAGAACGUGAUUUCCAUCGAAUGAACCAUAAGCGAGUGGUCCAGGAAAAAAACAGGCUCAUUAGUGAUAUUAAAAGGUUGAAAGCACAUUAUGCAUCAUAUGAGCCAAUGCUGAAGCAGUUGACUGAAAAAUACCAGACUAUACUGAGACAAAUGCUAACCAGCCUGGAGAGAGACAGAGCAGUUGGUCAGGUUACAGGUUUACAAGCUACAUUACAAAAUUUAGAAUCUGGACGUGCCAGUGAGAUCCCUGUGACUAGAGCAGGUCAUAGGUGCGAAAGGGAGGAUGGAAGACAGAAAGCUGUUCAAGAAAGCAGGGAACAAAAAUAUCUGUAUGCUGGUGUUGCUCCAAAUGAUCCUGCCAAAGAUCCAACAAAGCAAAAGGGCAAGAAGUAUUCAAAGGAUUCAGAAUUUCCCAUAGAUACUCAAGUGAACCCUUAUCUUGCUCGUGCCAAGCAAUGCACCCGGCCAUUGAAAUCUGGAGUAUACAGGCUGAGCAGCACUUUAAAAGUCCAUGAUCUAGCAGUCAGCUGUUUGGCUUUGCAUCCUCGGAAGGACAUUGUGGUAACUGCAAGCGAUGACCGCCUCUGGAAGAUGUGGGCCUUUCCUAAUGGGAACAUCAUUAUGACAGGCGAAGGCCACACUGAUUGGCUUUCUGGCUGCUGCUUCCAUCCAAGUGGCACCAAACUGGUCACUUCAAGUGGAGACACAACAGUACGGAUAUGGGACUUCACAAAGGGUGAAUGUAUUCUGACUUUAGAGGGGCACAGCCGUGCAGUCUGGGACUGCUCAUGGCACUCCUGUGGAGAUUUUGUGGCUUCUGCUUCCAUGGACAACACCAGCAAAAUAUGGGACAUUAACAGUGAGAGAUGCAGAUGCACCAUGCGUGGACAUAAGGAUUCGGUCAAUAGUAUAGAGUUUCUUCCAUUCUCCAACACCAUUCUCACCAGCUCUGCAGACAAGACCCUAUCUCUCUGGGAUGCCAGAACAGGCUUCUGUGCUCAGACUUUCUAUGGUCACCUGCAUUCCUGUAAUCAUGCUACGUUCAACAUGAAGGGUGACACCAUUGUUUCCUGUGACUCCUAUGGUGUGAUGAAGUUCUGGGAUGUUCGGAGGGUAACACCAAUGGUAUCUAUAGAUGCGGGCCCCCAUCCUGGCAAUCAGGUGGUCUUUGACCCAUCCGGUCAUGUCGUGGCCCUGGCAAGCAACGAUGGCACGGUGAAGACUCUGGAACUCAACUCGGGGCAGCUUUCCAGCCUGGUGGGCCACGAGGACGAGGUGCAGAGCAUUGUCUUUGAUCACAAGGCGGAGCACCUGCUUUCGGGGGGUUCGGAUGGAUCCCUUCUACUCUGGAGCUGAGUGAACCCCGGUGUCCGGGUCAUGGCAGGCUCAGCGCCUUGGGGGACUGAUUUGCCACCAGGCCAGCAGCCAUCCACCAGCUAAAUGCCUUCGCCCUUAUUGCUUGCCAUAAGCUGUCAUUGCGUGAAAUGACUUUGUUCCAAAUAAAAUCUCGACUUCCCCUGUGUGCGGAAGUGUGUCUUUCUGAACACACAACCUCUCCUUUGGGUGCUGCUGGAGAAGUGGCUUUACAAUGACGCCUAAUGCCCGCCCAGACGAAUUGCAAGGAGGCCGGGUUUGAAUGCAACACAGCGAGAGACCACAAGAGCUCAGCUACCCCCAACCCCACACACCUUCCUCCCCCGCCCCAUUCUAGCCUGCGAUCCGCUCCGAAGUUUGAAUAAUGCAGCAACCUGGGGCUGUUUCUCUCUCUUUCCCGCAGCGACCGGGUUGAAUGCCGGCGGGCCAGAGGGGAGUUGCGAGAGGCCCUGGCCGCUCAUCUCCGCCUCCUCCUCCUCCAGUAGCUGUGGGGAGCUGACAUCUCAGCGCUGCUGUGUGAUCGGGGAGUGCCCCCCGGCUCCGGAUCGAGCAGCUCGGGCCCGGGGAAGGGGGCUGGUGCGAUCUCCUAACGUGUGGGUGUAGUCACGGCUCCGCCGCUGCGCCUGGCCCCGGCGGAAAUGGCCAGUCCCGGGCAGGGCUCUUAGCGCGCCCGGCGCAGGAUGCGGAGCGCUGGCCGCGGUGC